CAGCGCCAGCCCGUUCCCUCGCGUUCGUGUGUGUGUGUGCAAGGGAGAGGGCGGCAGAGCGAGGAGCUGUGCCUGGGCUAUGCUGACAGACGACUUUCCCCUCGGCUGUCAGGUUCUGAGCCUGUCGGCAGCGCUGCUGAAAAAUCCGUGCGGGUUUGCUAGUCCGGAGCUGAGCCGCUAAUCCCCUGGGUCUGCCCGAUGAUGCUGGCGUGCCCCCCGCGUACACCUGAGCGCCCGGGGAGGGGGGAGAAGGGGCUGCCAGAAAUGUUGGCCACUGGCGGGCAGCCCCGUUAAAGGUGGAGCGUGUGCUUGGGGCAGCCGCCCAUCAUCGCCGAGCCAUAACCGACGCGGUAACCUGCAGCCAUGGAGUCGCCCACGAAGGAGAUUGAAGAAUUUGAGAGCAACUCUCUAAAAUACCUACAGCCAGAGCAGAUAGAGAAAAUCUGGCUUCGGCUCCGAGGCUUGAGAAAAUACAAGAAAACAUCGCAAAGGAGCUUGUUGUGGGAAACGGUGGUCACAUUUGAGCGACUCCACAGUCUGAUAAUUCACAUACGGUUGAGAUCUUUGGUAAAGCAGCUAGAAAGAGGGGAAGCUUCUGUUGUAGACCUAAAGAAGAACUUGGAAUAUGCUGCGACGGUCCUUGAGUCAGUAUACAUUGAUGAAACGAGGCGUUUACUGGACACAGAAGAUGAGCUCAGUGAUAUCCAAUCUGACUCCGUGCCCUCAGAGGUCCGGGACUGGUUGGCUUCUACCUUCACACGGCAAAUGGGGAUGAUGCUCAAAAGGACAGAGGAGAAACCCCGGUUCAGGAGUAUUGUCCAUGCAGUACAAGCUGGGAUAUUUGUGGAAAGAAUGUACAGGCGGACGUCCAAUAUGGUUGGUUUGAGCUACCCACCAGCUGUAAUUGGAGUGCUAAAGAAUGUAGACAAGUGGUCCUUUGAUGUAUUUGCACUAAACGAUGCCAGUGGAGAUCAUGCACUGAAGUUCAUUUUCUAUGAACUUCUCACGCGCUAUGAUCUGAUCAGUCGUUUCAAGAUCCCUAUUUCUGCCCUGGUGUCCUUUGUGGAAGCUCUGGAGGUUGGAUACAGCAAACACAAAAAUCCUUAUCACAACCUAAUGCAUGCUGCCGAUGUGACACAAACAGUCCAUUACCUCCUUUUCAAGACAGGUGUAGUGCACUGGCUGACAGAGCUGGAGAUCUUCGCCAUGAUCUUUGCAGCUGCUAUCCAUGAUUAUGAACACACAGGAACCACCAACAAUUUUCACAUCCAAACACGGUCAGACUCAGCCAUUCUGUAUAAUGACCGAUCUGUGCUUGAAAAUCACCAUGUUAGUGCAGCAUAUCGUCUUUUACAAGAUGAUGAAGAGAUGAAUAUUUUAUCUAAUCUCUCAAAAGAUGACUGGAGGGAGUUCAGGGCUCUGGUGAUUGAGAUGGUGUUAGCCACCGAUAUGUCCUGUCACUUCCAGCAAAUCAAAGCCAUGAAGAAUGCUUUGCAGCAGCCAGAAGGAAUUGACAAGCCGAAAGCCUUAUCACUGUUGUUGCAUACAGCAGAUAUCAGUCAUCCAGCCAAGGCCUGGGACCUCCACCACCGCUGGACCAUGUCUCUGCUAGAGGAGUUCUUCAGACAGGGUGACAAAGAAGCAGAGCUAGGGCUUCCCUUCUCUCCGUUGUGUGACCGCAAGUCCACUAUGGUUGCUCAGUCUCAAAUAGGUUUCAUUGAUUUCAUCGUGGAACCCACUUUUACUGUGCUGACUGAUAUGACUGAGAAGAUUGUGACACCGCUCAUAGAUGAAGCUUCCCGUUCUGGCAUGUCUGGGUUCAGACGUUCCAGUCUGAAUAGCAUUAGUCCCUCUGAAGUUAAGAGAUCAAGUGUCAAGAGCACUGGGUCAGAAGGAAGUGCCUCACUGAACUGCUCCAUACUCACUGUGGACUUCAAAUGUUUUAAAGCCACCUGGACUGAGGUGGUGCAGCAGAACCGGGAGAAAUGGAAAGCACAAGCCACCAAAGAAGAAAAAGCUAAGAAAGAAGCAGAGGAAAGUGUUCAUCAGGGAACAGAUGAAAAGAAAACAGAUGAAAAGGAUGAGAAGCCAACUGAAGAUGCCACAGCAGCAAAGACAGAGAACAGCAAAGAACCAAAUCCUGGGGAAAACAAAAGUUCAGAUUCCAAUGAAAAUUCCCACGUAAAUGGGACUGGGCAAACUGGAGUGACCAGACAUGAAGCCUCUCAAGGAAAAAGCGUUCCUAGGACAGAUAAGGGAAUGGAUUCUCAUCACACAUCAAAGGAAGAGAAACAUGUCCAGAAUGGUGAAAUAAAGGAAGACAGUAUGGCAGACAAAAAAGAUCAAUCUAGUGUGGGAAAUGAAUCAAAGAAAACAGAUGAUACAGAAGAGUAAAAAUAUAUUAAAAAAAAAAGAGACUGCACAUUUCUUUCAUCAUUUUAGCCGAGCUUCUUCAUUCCUGUUCUCCUCCUUCUGCAAAGACCAGUUUCUGGGGAAGGCGUUAAACAACUUCCAAAACACUCCUCCUCCCACUGGCUAUUUCACAGCUAAUGACUCCGGGCUCUAGGGUGGGGGCAUUGGUUUUUGGGGUGUGAUCUAGUUUUGUUUGCUCAUGUAUGUGUGCAUUUGUUGUUGUUUUGGGAAGUUGUUUUGUUUUAAAAAAAUCUGGUGAUUUUCUGAUGCAAUUGGUUCAAUUUUAUGGACAGGUGGAGCACACAGACGAGUCAUCUUCAAAAGCUGGUACUGCCCUUUGCUGUUACGCCUCAGCUUGCAAAAUCACAAUAUUAAGAUGUUGCAAAAGAACCUAAGAAAAUGAGAUUGUAAUAAUACUUCACUGGAUAAUAUUUCCCUUUUAUUGUUUUUGUUUUUCCCCAAGAGAUUUUUCCAAUUGGUGGUAAACAGAACUUGACGUCCGUUUUACCCUCGCUGUAGAAGAUUGUAUGCGUAAGAAUGUUGAAUUUGUAGUCAAGUUGCCAUUUGUUAGGAUUUGGAGCUUAUCACGGACAAUGCAACGAUAGCAAAAUGCUUUUGUUUCGAAACAGAAGUAGGCAGACUCACUCAACCCUUGAUUUUAUAGUGCAUUUGCAGUUAGUAAAAGGAGAGAAAGAAUCAAUGAAAGUGAUAUUCCUUUGGGGCAAAUUUUGUCAGCCUCUGAGAGCACGUAUUAAUGUACUGUUUGAGGUACCUGACUUAACUUGGGAUUACAGAUAAUGAGCAGUUUCCCACAUCUGCUCGUUGGCUACCAGUAACCACUUUGUCUGUCCUGAAGGCCUAAGAGAAGAAGGGCAGCGGGGAAUCACACGGAUCAAUUCUUACCUUCAUCUCAGUGUGAUACUUCUUUCAUCACUGACUGAAUGGACAGGCCAAAGGAAGGAAAAGUGUGGCUGGAGAAGUACAGACAAAAACAAAAUGAAGAAGUGUGUCCUAAACACAUGCCUGCAGUCGGUGGAUAAAGCUGUCUCAUCCAGUAGAGUCAGACACACGGACAGUAGCCGUCAUUUUGGCCUAUUUCAGGGAAGAAAUGCUGAAAAACCUCCUCACUCAGGCUUCGAUUCAGGAGGGUAUAUUUUUAUGAGAAACAGCAAAUGUUUGUAAGUGUUUUUCUGCCUUGGAAUCUUAGUAAGGAUCCAUUUAACUGUGAGCAAUUUUACCUGUCUUUUGGAAACCGAGGCACACGUAUUUACACAUACAGUUGUUUUUGCCUAUCUCCUUUUUAUUCAGGAUAAGGUUGUGCUGUGUUAGUCAUAAAUGUAUUUCACAAGGAAUCGGAUGGCAGUCAUGGCUCUAUGCUGCGUAGAGAACGUGUAAACACUGGCUUAGGAAGGCAGUUCUUUGGCAUUUCUUUUUCAUAUUCAGAAGCACAGGACUUCACCACCAGCCUAUAUUAGAGCUUGGUUCUCUGUUCCUGCUUAAGCUGUGUACGUACAAGGACCGAGCUUCACCUAAAACUAGCAAACAUCACAGCAGUUAGCUCAGCCUAAAUCUGCAUUUGAAUGUGAGUACCUUCUCACUCAGGAGUGUUUGUAUUUGAGAUUUUAGUUAUUGAGACUAGGGACAUUUUGAGUUCUUUUUUUGGGACACCAUGUGGUGAAAGCCAGAGAGUUAGAUUAGGUUCAUGUCGUGAAAAGGUUGCACUUAAAUCACAUUUUCAGAAGAAAGAUGUGAGAAAGUAACUCUUGCAGUUCCUGGGUCUCACCAUUGGCAUCAGUGUACCAGCUCUUUUAAAUAAAAUAAAUAUGAGGGCACACAGUGUCCUGCUUCAGCAGUAGCUCUGGGUGUAUCCUGGGGUAGAUUCUGUGAAGAAAGGAGUGCUGAUAAAAGGAGGUGUGUCAGGGAAAGGCUGUAUCACCUCGUAGCACUUUUCCACCUCCCCUUUCCUCCACCAUCAGCAUUCAGCCCCAGCUCAGAGCGGCAGGCUGACUUCCAGCCUUGACCAGGCUCUUUGGAGGGACAUUGCCUAUGAAAUAUCACUACUGCAAAUGAAACACCACAGUAGUGGUUCAGUCCCUGCUGAGUCAGACCUCCUGGAGUCAAGGAGAACAUAUCCUGCCUGAGAGCUUGGUCACUGGUGCAGGAUGGUUUAGUAUACUUUAAUACUUCUAAAGUUAUCUUUACCUAACGUACAGUGACUAAAGAUACCUACAUCGUGCCCAGUAGAAUAAUAAUAAUAAUAAAAAGUAAAUAUUUUUCUUCAUCUGCUUUUGCUUUCUUUCUUUCUGGGACUGACUGCUUUCAGACAGCAAAGCAAGAUGGCUUAAUUCACAGCCGGUCAGUUCUUGCUUCUCAUGCGCUUGCACAAAGGUGAGAGAUCAGGCUGGAAAAGGUUUUACCUGUGUUGCCAGGAUUAUUGGCCACUGGUAAGAACUAUAAAAGAAGCAGUUAGCUUGCUGUCUCUUGGGACUGCAGGUCAGAACAGGGUACUGCUCUAUAAGAGAUGCUAUAGUCAGAGAAUCGAUGAUUUCAGCACACAGAUGUGCAGAAAAUGCCUUGCAAAACACAGGCAGGCAGUCACAGCUAGCUCUGAUAUUUUUCUGCCCUUUUAAAGUCACCUGAACUUGAUACUGUGGAUUAGUAGUACUUUUUGGAAUUUUUUUCAUUGUCACUUAAAAUAAAAUAAUUCCCCAUGA